GGAAUAGUAUGGUCACAUCUAGAUAAAAAAAUUAACAGAGUAAAUGUGUAUAAACACACUUCCUAUUCAUGGAAGUAUUUAUUCAUCAUCUACAUAUUCAUAUUACGUGUCUACGUCUGUGUACAGGAAAGUAUUAGUUGUAAGACGUAAGAGAAAAUGUAUCAGCUUAUUGUUAAAUAAUUAUGACGUUCUUUCCAAUACAAAAAGUGUAGUAACUAUUGUUUCCAAACUGCGUUACCCACUCCAGCCAGCAGAUGGCGAUGAGCGUCUUUCAGUUGACUCUUCUUGCGUGACGUAUAAUGGACUGGACGGACGCUCCUUCAGGAACAACAACACGGAUACUAUUUCAACCACGUCGGUAGCUUGCUAGCCAACAUAAAACUGAAAUAUUGACGUUUUAGGCCAUGUUAAUGUACAUUAGCUAAUCGCAGUGUAUAAAACACAUUUCAGUUGACGUUAACUUGAACCUAAUUUGCUUGUUCGAGUUGCAAAUGUGUUAAAGAUUGAUACUGAGCCUAGCACUAGGCUAUUCGCUAAUGCUAACUAGCUAGCUAACAUCCCUGACCAUGAGCUCAUUAAACUACUCAUCCCCUGCUAAAGAAGAGGAUGUCUGCUGUCCGGAGAAAGAAGCUCUGGCGCUGAACAUUGUCGUGAAAGACGAAGAGGAGGAGGAUAUUUCAGUGAAAGGAGAGAAAGAUGCUCUGGCGCUGGACAUUGUCGUGAAAGACGAAGAGAAGGAUAUUACAGUGAAAGGAGAGAAAGAACCUUUCAGAAUGAAAAAGGAGGAAGAGGAGGCUGUUAUAGGGAAAGAAGAGAAAGCAUCCUCUUCCUCUCUAAAAGGUUCUAUCUCAGUAAAGGUGAAGGAGGAAGACGUUUUGGGAGUGAAAGAGGAGGAGUCAGAAUAUCAGAUUAACACAGAGGAAAACCAAACUUGGAGGAACCAAAGACCUCCACAACAUCAAGACGACACCUCUGCUCCCAGAUCAAGUUAGGAAGCCUGAAAAGACCUGAGAGGACACACACGGGAGAGAAGCCAUACC